CAGAGCGCGUCAGGCUGGGCAGUCAGGCUGCCCAGAGUAGCCUCUGCGGUGGACCCCACCAGCGCUCCCGGCCAAGUCUGCACUUCUCUCCGAACCCUCGGGCCCCCGCAGCCUCGGAAAGAGGCCACUUCGGGCCGGGCGCCCGUUCCACAGGCAGACCUGCAACCCGGAAAGGCGGUGCGGCGGAGCCCAAAGCCGGAUCCUGCUCGGACCUGGCCCCCGCGGGCCGGAGCCGCGGGCAUGUCGGAGGCGCGGAAGGGGCCGGACGAGUCGGAUGAGACCCAAUAUGACUCGGGCAUCGAGUCUCUACGCUCUCUACGCUCCCUGCCCGAGCCCACCCCCGCCCCAGCCUCUCGGCCCUCUGACGGCGGAGGCCCCCAGCCCUGGACCCAUCCUCCGGGAACCGCCAAGGAGCCACAGGAGAAGGAAGACACAGAUGGGGAGAGGGCUGACUCCACCUAUGGCUCCUCAUCGCUCACCGAGCCCCUGACCUUUCUGGGGAGCCUCGAGACCGAAAACCCAUCCCCAGGCUCGCCGCUUCCCCCAGCGGGAGCCCUGAGCCCUCAGCAGCUGGAAGCACUCACUUACAUCUCAGAGGACGGAGACACGCUGGUCCACCUGGCAGUGAUUCACGAGGCCCCAGCUGUGCUGCUCUGUUGCCUGGCUUUGCUGCCCCAGGAGGUCCUGGACAUUCAGAACAACCUUUACCAGACAGCACUCCAUCUGGCUGUACAUCUGGACCAGCCAGGUACAGUUCGGGCCCUGGUGCUGAAGGGAGCCAGCCGGGUGCUCCAGGACCGGCAUGGUGACACAGCUCUGCAUGUGGCCUGCCAGCGCCAGCAUCUAGCCUGUGCCCGCUGUCUGUUGGAGGGGCGGCCAGAGCCAGGCAGAGGACCACCUCACUCCCUGGACCUCCAGCUGCAAAACUGGCAAGGUCUGGCGUGUCUCCACAUCGCUACCCUACAGAGGAACCAGCCACUCUUGGAACUGCUGCUUGAAAACGGAGCUGACAUUGACACACAGGAGGGUACAAGUGGGAAGACAGCACUGCACCUGGCCGUGGAGACCCAGGAGCAGGGUCUGGUGCAGUUCCUACUCCAUGCUGGUGCCCGGGUAGAUGCCCGCAUGCUCAACGGGUGCACACCCCUGCACCUUGCGAUGGGCCGGGGCCUCAGCAGCAUCUCAUCCACUCUGUGCAAGGCAGGUGCAGACUCCCUGCUACGGAAUGUGGAGGAUGAGACUCCCCAGGACCUGGCUGAGGAGCUCUUUAGUAUUUUGCUCUUCGAUGACCUGAAGAUCUCUGGGAAGCCACUACUGUGCUGACUGAAGCCAGGGCAGGGUCUGGAGCCUUAGAGGCUUCACCUCUUCCCAUCUGGAAGCUGGAGCCACAGUUGCUGCAGCUUGGGCCCCAGCAGUGUGCCCUUAUGGUGUCAUGGGGACUGCUGAGGCCAGCCAGCACAGUCCUGAGCUGAGAGGAAGGAUUGCAAGUGAGAGAGAGCCAGCCUGGAAGGAAGCGCUUCCCAGGUGGACGGAGCUUCUUGGAAGACCCCCACCCCAGGUAUCCUGGGUGAAGCCUGUUUCUCUCUAUGGAAGAUGGCAUGGGCUCUUGUUUCUACCCACAUUGGGUCUCCCUGAAACUGCCAACCAGUAGGAAAACAUGGACUCUCCUGAAUGAGGAGAGAAGCUGAAAUACGAGCAGGCAGGGCCCUGAGUGGCUCCAUCUCACUGCUAUGAGGACUCUUAAACACUGGUGUUCAAAGACUUCACACAGAAGGCCCAGAAUGGAGCCUUGGGAAAGGGGAAGUUUCAAUAACAUGACACUAAAACAGUAAAGACUUUUAAAAGGUUUUA